GCACCCAAACCUAACGAAGUCGUCUUUCACCGAGACUGGGGUGUUAACGUUCCGAUCUCGGCACUUAUUCUCGACACUCCGACCCAUUACAUAUCUCCAUCUCGCUCCCAGAAACCAGCCACGAAAUCAAGACACAAAAAACAAGGGAUAAAAUGGACGACGUUCUCGCCAACUUCGUGGGCAUUACUGGCGCCAGCGAGGACGCCGCCCACCAGGUCCUCGAGAUGUGCGCCGGCGACCUGGGGCAGGCCAUCCAGCUGUGGUUCAGCGACGAGGAGCUCCAGCGGAACCUAAGCAACCCCGCCUCCGCAUCGGCGGCGGGGGCGGCGCCCUCGGGCAGCAGCCGGUCGCCACCCGCGGUCCCGCACGCCACCCGCCCGACGGUGGGCCGCGAGGACGCCAGCGGGGUCAUCCACAUCGACAGCGACGACGAUGGUGACGAUCAAGACGUCCCGGUCCUCGGCGGCAGCAGCAGCAGCGCGAUGGACAUAGACGCGAGCGCGGAGAGCGCGGCGGCAGUAGCGCAGACGGCACAGGAGGAGGAAGAUGCCGCCAUGGCCAAAAGACUGCAGGAGGAGCUGUAUCAGGGCCAGGACGUGGACGAGGAGGGUAUCAGGGCGCCUAUGGCCCGGACCACGGAGACGCUGGUGGCCCCUAGCGGGGACUGGGGCGUGGGUGAGGACAUGGAUGAUGUCAACGCGGCGAUUCAGGAGCAGCUCAGACGCCGACAUCAGGGUCCUCUAGGUCGCUCACGUAACCCCUUCGCACAAUCAAUAUGGGAGGACCCUUCUACGAUCCAACCUCCGGCACCAGGCCCGGUCGGCGGCCCGGCCAGCGGCUCGGGACAGAGCAGUAGAGCCCAGCGCCUCGCCGAGCUAUUCCGACCACCCUACGAACUGAUGUCGCACUUUCCAUGGGACCACGCCCGUGAUGAAGGCAAGCAGGAAAAGAAAUGGAUCUUGGUCAACCUACAGGACGUGACCAACUUCAACUGCCAAGCGCUGAACCGCGACAUCUGGAAGGACGACGCCAUCCAGCAGCUCGUCAAGGAGAACUUCAUCUUCCUGCAGUACUCAAAGGACGACCCGCGCGCAGCCCAGUACAUCACCUUCUACCUGCCGAACCGGACGCAUGAGAACCAGGACAACUACCCCCACGUUAGUAUCGUGGACCCGCGCACCGGUGAGCAGGUCAAGGUGUGGACCGGUCUCCCUUUCCCGACGGCUCUCGACUUCCACGCCGAGCUGGCCGAGUUCCUGGACCGGUACAGCCUCGAGGCGCACAGCAAGAACCCGGUGGUCAAGGCGAAGCGGCCCGAGCGGCCCGUGGACGUGGACCGCAUGACGGAGGAGGAGAUGCUCCAGAUGGCCAUGCAGAACAGCCUCGAGUCGAGCGGCGGCAGCGGCAGCGGCAGCAGCUCAAAGCCGAGCGUGUACGACCCGGACGCGCUCACAAAGUCGGUCGGGGACCUGUCGGGCGACAAGGGCAAGGGUCGGGCCGAGCCGGAGUCGCCGGCGCCGGUGCCGGGCGAGUCCAGUACCACGCAGCAGCAGCAGCAGCAGUCGGCAUUUUCCAGGAUUCCCAGCGAUCGGCCGCACGCCGAGCCAGAGACCAACGACCCGGCCACGACUACGCGGAUCCAGUUCCGCCACCCGACGGGUAGGGUCAUCCGGCGGUUCGGGCUGGACGACACGGUCUCGCGCGUCUACGAGUGGCUCAAGGCGGCGCCGCUGGAGGGCCGGGAGGGCGUCGAGUUCGAGCUCAAGGUCAUGCCGCAGGGGCGGGACCUCAUCCAGGACCUGGACAAGACCAUCGCCGAGGCGGGGCUGAAGCAGGGCACCGUCAUGAUCGAGUUUAUUGAGGAGUGAGCGCCCGCUGCCCGACCGCGCCAUGUGAGCAUGGGGGUUCAUCAUCUCACCUUGCUGUUUUUGUGCGUCUUUGCUACACCGAGAGAGAUGGAUUUUGCUGUCUGCGGAAAAGGGGUUCAUGAUAAUAGAGCGGCGUUGGGGGGGAAUCACAUCCACGAGGGCCAUCGUGGCGGGACCAGCUUUGCAUGGCUACCUACUGGCUACCUACUGGCUACCGCAGGGGCCCGGCUUUCUUGCGCUCUCUCCUUGACCCCGAUGGGCCGGAGAUGCGAGGCAUUUUUGGUGGGGCGAAUGAGGAUG